UAAAAUUAAAACAAUUCUCCUUAAACCACGUGUACAAAAAUCACGUGUUCCUGGAAAAGUAAACAUUAUCCUGCAACGAAGAAAUAAUUGCGUCAUGCGUAUAGCUUGUGUAGAAAAUUAAAAACGAAUACGAUACAAAACAGACGAGAGUUUUAAACAUUUAAAUUACCGAGAGUUAAUUCUAUUCACCGUAUACCUUUAUAAAUCCCAACAGUUUGUAGAAAUAUAAUGGACCAAUAACGUUAGUCGGAGUGACGUCACUUAUCCACUGCCGAUCGUCCGACAAACACGUUUGUUUUGAAACGAAGAUAGUAUUUGUUUAGUCUUUUAAAAAUUAAUUAUGGAGUCUUUGAGGGAACAAGUCAUGAUUAAUCAGUUCGUAUUAGCUGCCGGUUGUGCUAGAGAACAGGCAAAACAAUUAUUACAAGCAGCUCAUUGGCAAUUUGAGACUGCAUUAAGUAUAUUUUUUCAAGAAGCAACAGUAACAAAUUGCCAUCAACCUAACAACCGUUUUAAUGCUAAAAUCCGAAUAGGUAAUGAACAAAGUAUUAACCUUACUAAGAAAGAAAAUACUGAUACCAAUUACAAAGCAAUGUGUACUCCUGCUAAUACACCAGCCACACCUCCAAACUUUCCAGAAACACUUUUAGCAUUUUCAAAAAUGUCUGCAUCAGAGAAAAUGGGCACUUCACCACAGACCGCCUGCAUCUUUUCUACAUCCCCACCAAUAAAUAAUAGUAAUUUGGGAAAUUAUAAGUACAACAAUCAACAGAUUCAAACUUCACAAAAUGUACAGGCCCAAAGAUAAAAUUCACUGAAUUUACAAUAUUUUAUCUACUAGACAAAGUCAAGUGUCUUGACUUCCUUCAGUCCCUAAUGAAGAAUUCAUAUAGAGAAUUAUCAUGUGUUAAGACUGACUCUAGAAAUGAAAAAUAUGUAAGUGUAAUUAUGCAAGUAGUCAUCUAGGAAGGUUCUAUUUUCUACAACGGUUCUCCUUCCUUAUCCAAACCACCUACCAAUAAAAGUGCCAGGAAUUAACCGUUGAGAACAUACUCCAAGCGGAGUUUGCCAUAUCGUGAAACUUUCCAGGAUAUAGCAAAAAUUAAGUGCCGUAUUUAAAACAACAUGGAAAGUCAUCCUAAAAAAUUUUUUCAUUUCUUCCUGUUACUUUUAAAAAUAUCCAGAUAAUUUGUUUGUGAUAAUUUUUGACUUAUCUUAGUUUUGGAUAAAUAGGUAAAAAUGUUUUAGACAUCAUUUUGAUUGUGUUUUAUGCCCAUUUUAUUUUAAAGAAGAAGAAGAAAUUGAUAAAGUGACCUCAUACAUAUCCGAUCUUGUAGGAAACAAAUUUCUACAAAGAACUAUUAAGUUAAGUUAGGAGGAAAAAUUUUCAGUUAACGAUGUGAAUUUGGUAUAAUUUUUUUUUUUAUUUUUAAAGUUUUAAAUUUUAAUUUUGUAUGAUUAUAGUUUCUUCAUAUUUGUGCAAUACAUUUGGAAGUCAUUAUUUUAAUAUGCUAAACUGCAUUUUAUCAGUUAUGUGUAAUGCAUCUUUGAACUGAAAAUAAACAACCUCCAAACAAGA